CAACAUCCCGGGCAGACGCCUCUUCUGUUCACCCUCGGGCCAUGGAGCAUCACGCUUCCACCUUCUCUGGGGUCUCAUUCCGGCAAUCCUCUCUGAAUUUAGAAAGUGAGCAAAGCUUGCCUGUUUUGAAGAAACCAUCUUGGAAUAAAAAGAAGUCUUUGAAUCUCUCUAGUAGCCAGUUGUCCACAUGGCCUGCCUACACUCCAGGGCAAGUGAUCCUCCAGAACCGAAAACCAUGUGCUCUCCCAGAAUGGCAAAGGACUAUCAAAGAUCCAGUUUCUCUUUCUGUUGCAAAGCCACGCUACCUCGAAGAUCUGGAAUCUUACCUGCGGAAAGAGUUGCAGGCUCUGGACCUUACUAAAGGAAAAGUUCAGGAACUGAAGCUCCAGCCUUAUAGAGAAGUAUUUGAAUUCUUCAUGGAAGAAUUCACAACCUACAAGCCUUUGUUGGCUUCUAUCAAGAAUGAAUAUGAUCUGACUAUAGCUCAUCUGCAACAGAAGAUCCAUUCUCUGGAGUCUGUGAAUGCUGUUUUGGUCACAGCCUCGGAUCAGUGUACUCAGCAGAUCCUGGCUUUUCAGGAGCAAGAGAAAAACGAAAUGACAAAGCUGAAGAAGGAGAGGCUGUACCUGCUGGAUCUUAUUGACAAAAUGAAGGAAGAUAAAUGUUCUCUAGAGACCCAGGUAGCUAAGAUGCGAAAGACGGUGGCAGAGGAAUACCUCCGCUAUCUUAACGAGUGCGAUGCUCGCAAACUGCUACUUAUUGAUCUCAAUGAAAUGUACCAUCUGAAAGAAGAAAUGAAGCUCACGAAUGUCCAAGAACACAAGGAGGAAGACACAGUGAAGCUAACACUUGCAUUAAAGAUGGCACGCCAGGACCUCACCAAAGCUCAAGUAGAGCUAAAUACCAUGAAAGCAAACUAUGGAGAUGUGGUGCCUAGAAGAGAAUAUGAGUUGCAGGAAGAAAAAUAUAACAACUUGGCUGAAAAGAUGGCAGUUCUUCAGAAAGACUUUAGUGAUCUCCAAGAAGAAUAUGACACAAUGUUGGAGGUACAUAAACAGGUUUCAGAGGAACGAGACCAGUUCUAUAAUGACCUCAUCAAUGUCCAACGUACCUCUACACCCCGACCUCAGUGGGACAAAUGUGCAGAUGUGAUUGCUGGUGGGGCUGAACGCUGGAGUGUUUUGUCUGAGGGUAAAACUAGUGACCAGCUGGUGGAUGUACUUUUGGAAGAUCUUGGUGCAGGGCUGUUGAGAGAGAAGGAGACCUUUGUGGGAAAGGGAAGAAGUGAAAAGGUCCCCAUAUACCUAAGGUGUGAUGGUCUGGUGAGAAACAAGAAGUUGACCAAAAAGGAGGUUGUGGCAAUUCUGAAGGAAAUAUGGAGAGAAAAACUGUCAUCAGAUCAACAGAAGGGAAAGCGAUCCAGCCUUCAAGAGUUUUUCCUUACCUUCUUCCAGAGGAAGUAUGGGGAUGCCCUUGCUUUUGACUGGACAUACAGCAUCUACGAAACCAUCAAGCUUUAUAGGAGCAAUGAAACAAUGUCUUUGUUUUAUCAUAUUCUGAUAGGAGCUCUGGAUGAAGCUGUAUACCAUGCCCUUCUCCAGCAACUUGGCACCUUGUUAAAGGAACUGACUGCUGCUGAUACUGCAAAUACUGGCCAACUGACACGUGAAGAAUUUAGCCUUGCCCUCAAGUCAGCAUUCCCAUUAAAGACUGAAGAAGAGAUUCAGGAAUUACUUGAAGCAGCAGGCUACAAAACAGAGUAUGACACCAUUAUGUACAAACCAUUGUUUUUUGAGGAUGAGGAGGGUAAAAUACAACUGCUGGUUAUAAAGCUUAGAAACCAGUAUGUGACUGAGAAACAAGUAUAUCUGUGCGAUCUUCAGGCUGAACUAGGAAACUUGAUGGAAGUAAGACCAGAUGACCUGAGGACAGCUUUCUGUACAAUUGACCCUGGUUUGGCUGAGCAAACUCUAGACUACUAUAUCGGUUGUGCCUUCCUAGUUCCCAAAGAGCAGCUAGAUCCUACUGCCUCCAUUCCUAUAGACAUACUAAUGCAGAGGCUAAUGACUGCAGAUCUCAGACGCCAAGUGGUUGUUUCAGGAGAUGCAAAGUGCCUCCCCUCAUCCACUACAGCUGAAGAAGCAGAGAGCCCGUUAAUUUAAUGUCUAGCUGACACAAAUCCUUCUCUUCACUGAUUUACUGGAGUAAUUUUACUGAGCAGACCAAAGUUUCCUUGGCAGAGCACACCCGAU